CAGGAAACGGCUGGCACUCAACACAGACAGCUACACGGACAGCUGCCACCAACUGUGACUGGAGCGGAGCUUCUCCUUCAGCACCCAUUUGCGAGCUUUGUGCACUUUCAGCUCGCACGAGAGAAGAAGCGGGAAGAAGUGCUUGUUGGGUGUGCUUGUGCCUGCCUACGUGGUGUUGGAUCCUUGCUUCGAAGCGAAGGCGAUUGACCAGGCUGCUGAUGGUUGGCGAGGCGGCUGCUGAGUGAGUGAGCCUUGGUGUGGUUGAGCGUCCGAUCCCGUCCGUCCAUCGAGCUGAGCGAGGCAGUGGAGCGAGCGAAGUGGCGUCAUCAUCAUCCCAUCCAUCAUCCAGCAUGAGUCGUGGUCGCAAGUUGAAUGAGGACAUCGACAAGACCCUCAAGAAGGUGGACGAGGGCAUCGUCGAGUUCGACGACAUCUGGUCCAAAGUGCACACCGCCACCAACACAGCGCAAAAGGAAAAGUACGAGGGAGACCUCAAACGAGAAAUCAAAAAGCUCCAGAGGUACACACACACACACGCGCACGCGUCAUGGGUGGGGUGCCUUCAUUCCUUGUCGGUCUCGUGUGUGUAUGUGUUGUUUGUGGUUUGCUUGAUGGAUUGAUCACUCAAUUCAUCAGGCUUCGUGACCAGCUGAAGACGUGGAUCAACCAGUCUGACGUCAAGGACAAGAAGCCGCUGAUCGAGGCCCGCAAGCGCAUCGAGACAGAGAUGGAGCGGUUCAAGGUCUGCGAGAGGGAAUUCAAAAUGAAGGCCUUCUCAAAAGUCGGACUGCAGCAGGCAAACAAGGUGUGUCAGCCAGCCAAUACUGCACCAGAGAGAGACCCAGCGAGCGGUUGACGGGGGAGGGAGGUCGCCUCAUCUGAUUGAUGCACACACAACACAAGUUUGCGUCUGUGCGUGUGCUGAAUGUCAUGGUGUGCAGGUUGACCCGCACGAGGCCGAGAGGGACAAAAACCGAACGUCAGUCAUUUUCCACACCCCAACACACCACACCACAACACAACACACCCCAACACAACACAGAAAACGACAGAAGGCCGGUCUUGCUGUUCGUUCGUCUGUGCAUCAUGUGCUCGUUCUUGUGUGUGUGUGUGUGUGUGUGUGUGUGGUCUGUGUACCAUUUGGUUCUAUCAGUUGGAUUCAGGACAGCCUGGGCAAGCUCAAUGAGCAGGUGGACGAGUACGAGGCCGAGAUCGAGUCACUCGAAAGCAAAAGGGGCAAGGCCAGAGGUAUAGUACACACACAUCCACCCCCACCCCCACCACCCCACCCACAUGGCCCCAUGUGUGAUGUCUCAGAUCACGCUGCGAUAGAUGCGUUGCGGGGCCACGUCGACCGCCACCACAUUCACGUACACAAUGUAAGCAGCACCCGAGCCGAGUAGAGUAGGCAGCAGCGGCAUACACAUGUGUGCAUGUGCGUGUGUGCGCGUGUGUGUGUGUGUGUUCAGUUGGAGCAGAUUCUGCGGCGGCUCGAGAAUGACACCAUCGACGUGAGUUGAGUGCAGUCAGAGGAAACUUUCACUCACUGACCAAUGAAUGCACGGAAGAGCUGACUGACUGUCACUUUGUGCGUGUCUGUCCCGUGCGAUCAGAUGAGUUUGCUCGAGCCGCUGCGUGAGAACAUCGAGUGCUACGUGCAGAUGAACCAAGAGCCGGACUACUACGUCACAGACCCUCACGUACGAUACGAAGGAAGCGCAGCACUCAACUCAACUGCAUCGAGAUCAUUCUUCUGUCUGUGUGUCACGGGUGUGGUGGGCGAUGCCCGGCUGCUCUCUCUGUGUGCUGUGCAGGACAUGUAUGAGGACUUUGACCUAGAGAACGAGCCGCUGGAUUUGGACAACGAGGACGACACCGACGAAGUCGGCACUCAGAACGAAUCGGCGCCAUCAACACCCAAAGGUGGGCUGGGUACUCUACAGACAGACGGACACACACACAGCUAGAUAGAGGAAGAGAGCAGGGAGGGCAUCGACUCGACGGACGAGGGGCUUUCUCUGUGUACGUGUGUGUGUCAGUGACGGUCAAGGAGGAUCCCAAGGCACUGGCACUUGGCGCAGUGGCAGCUGCCAAGGCCAAACCCGAUGCUGCCAAAACAUACAAAGGCACGAAACCUCCAUGCGCUCAUACCGCGACAGAACCUCCCAUGCCCUCACCACCUUGUACUGCUCGUCUGUAUGUGUGUGUGUGCAGGCAUUAAUCCCGGCGUGUCGGUGUUGGGCGGCAAGACAGGCCGCUCAGCCGUUCACGCAGAGGUAAGUACCUACCUAAGGACCAACAGCCCAGCCCAGCCCCCCCACUAGCUCACCCUCACCCAUCCCUCCAUCCCUCCACCCACAUACAAGUGUUGUAUGUGUGCCUGUCGGCUAGGUUGAGGACGGUGCUGCGUCGGUAGGUUCUGGUGUGGAGAGUGACGUGGCCCGCGAGCGGGCGUCGAGCGCCAGCCUCCACCCAGUCGCCCCUCCCUCUCCCGGGCCCAUCUCAUACGCAAACUCCGUCCAGGGCCUCAGACGCAACACCGAAGACGAAUCGGUCAGCCCCCCGCCCCCCUCCACUGUCCCUUCCAUCCAUCCAUCCAUCUAUCUAUCCCACGUGUGCUCUGUUUCCCUGUCUGUCUGUGUGCAGUCUCUGUCGAAGAGUCUGGAGCCCAGCCCGACGGCGGCGACAGCAGCGGCCGCAGCCACGGCAGCCAACGAGGGCAGCGAGGAGAACACCUCAACCAGCAAUCCGCCCAGCUCGGGCGGCGCUGGCGGGGCCGGCGAGUCGCCAAAGAUACAGGAGGACAAGCUCCCACCACAGACUCAGCAGCCACAGCAGCAGCAGGGGGAGGGCGGUGCGCCGCUGGAGAAUGGCGUGGCUGGCGAGCCGGACAAGAAUGAGGCCGCCAAGGAUACCGAUGCGGAGAAGAAGGCAAGUUUGUUCGCGGCAUAUGUAAUGCAUGGAGGGAACACACGUGAAGGCUUUACCCUUUUUGUGUGUAUGUUAUGUGUUCAGGAGCUGGUGUCUGAGGUUGCGACGUCUGACAAGGCUGCAGCAGUGGAGGCGGCUAACCCACACCCGAAGCCCGUUUCCGAGGGGACUCCCACUGACGGGGCCAAAACACUCGACACAGCCAACACUGGGUGGGUAGAGUGGCUCAAAACACCAAACCGACAUACACCACGCCACUCCCUACCAUCCUUGUUUUUUUCUGUAUCGUGGCAGGGAAGCGACUGGCACCGCCUCCCCCGCCACGCGUGAUGCCGCCCCCCGUCUGGCCCCCGGCUCACCGCCGGCAAAAGGGGCUGCCGAGGCCGACACCAUCACCACACAGCCACUGCCACAGCCACAGCCACAGCCAGGUGUGGAGAAGGCGCCCCUCCUUGAAGGGGGCGGGGGCAGCCCCGGGGACCGCAGAGGGCAGUGGCCCCUCGCACCACCGGCGGCUAUUGCGGCCAUGGCGGGGUCUGUUAAGACUGAGACGGGCAGCCCCACAUCUGCUGGUAGGCAUGGCACGGAGGGAGGGAGGGGAGAGGCAGAGGAACAGGACAUGACGCAUUGAGAGUUCCAUGGUGUGGUGGACAGUGGCGAGUGCAGCGGCGCCUAGUGGUGCUGCUGCCGGUGGUGGUGGUGGUGGUGCUGUUGCUAGUGGUUCGGGUGGUGAGUCGGUGUUGAGCCUGCUGGAGGCCUCGUACAAGACGAUACCGCUGCCCUCUGACGGAGAGCGACCCACACGGGUGCGUGAGGCGACGCGACACGGGAAGGAAGGCAUUACCACAACCACCCAACGUAUGCAUGCCGCUGAUUGUGUGCUGGUUGUUUGAUGCAAUCGAUCGUCCACCAUCAGUAUCGUCCCCGUCAGCCUGUGCAGCUGCCGCCCAACUGUCCAUUCCCCACGGCGCCCAGCCCGCAGUACAACUCGCCCGAGUUCUUCCAGAAACUCAACCUCGACACCCUCUUCUUCGUCUUCUACCACCAGCAGGUAGAGAGUAGGGUGCGGUCGGUGCCCAUGUGUUUGUUACAUAUGUGUUGAGUGAGUUGAUCCUUCCCUGUGUGUCUGUCUGUAUGGUAUGCGACCGACUUGCAGGGGACCUACCAGCAGUAUCUGGCUGCUCGCGAGCUCAAGAACCAGUCGUGGAGGUGAGUGCGUGAGUGAGGCAAUGAGGAGCCAGCCGUCAAAGCAUCAAUGCACUCACUGUGCGCGUCUCUUUGCCUGUUUGUUCAGGUUCCACACCAAGUAUUCGACGUGGUUCCAGCGUCACGAGGAGCCUCGCGUCACCACACCCGAGUUCGAACACGGCACUUACGUCUACUUCGACUGGGAAUGUACGCACAACACAACACAACACAACACCCCUUGACAGCACAGCACAUCACAUCACAGCCCACACCCACCCACCCACCCACCCACACCCCUGUAUGGUGUCUGUCUGUGUUCCCUCCCUCGUGUCUGUCGAUCAUUCAGCCUGGACGUCGCGCAUCAAGAAUGAGUUCACCUUCAAGUAUGAGUUCCUCGAAGACGACCUCGAGCCGAGAGCCACCUGAGCCCAACAACACCAGGCGUCACGGCGAGAGGGGGGAGGGGAGGGGAGAGGAGAGAUGAAUGGAGGCGUUUUCAAGAGAGGAGACGCCUUCUUGCCUGCCUGCCUGCCUGCCUGCCGACAUACCUGCGUGGGUCAUUUUUCUGAGGAGGGAGUGGCGGGGGGCACGGAUUGGCCGACCGGGGGACCGCACUGGUUUGUCUAAGUGUGAGGAGAGAAAGCGAUGGAUGCAAGGCGGGCGGGUUCUUACACAUUGAUUGGAGUAUGUAGCCGUACGUUGUUAAGGAAUGAACGAAUGAAUGGGUGGGGUGGAUGGACGAGAAACACACACGAGGGCGAUUGAUAUAUCCGUCAUGCAUCCCUUCCAUGGGCCUUUAUCGCCUCGGUAAGCUUACUUAACCUGUCUGCCUUGUACCAACGUAAGUAGCGCAUGGCAUGCUGCCCGCUCAAUCGAUGAAUGCCUCUCCCUCUGUCUGUCUAAACCGUGUAUGUGUUUUAUCGGAGUUUCAACCUUGGCUGCCUGCGCUUGAUGUCAGACAGACAGACAGACCGGCGGG